UAAUUUGUAAGCCAAAAGAGGGCCAAUAAAAGUGAAAGUCGGUGCAAAUUCAUGGUGGUGGCGUGUCUGCGCUUCGCCCACCCCUUUGUGAAGAAUCACUAGAGAGAGAAAUAGCAGAAAAUCAAUGCAAUAUUUCCCCCUAACUUCUAUUUUCUAGAUUAAAUCACAUUUUUACUUUCUUUUCUUUUCUACAGAAAUCUGAAUUUUUUCCUAAAGAGAAGAUAUGAGUAACCCAGAACCCAGCAUCGAAGACCUUUUCGAAGGGAAGAAGAGAGUCAAAAACCCCUUAGUUCCAAUCGGUGCAUUAAUGACUGCUGGAGUUCUUACAGCCGGCUUAAUAAGUUUUAGGCAAGGGAAUUCUCAGUUGGGCCAGAGAUUAAUGAGAGCUCGUGUGGUAGUUCAGGGUGCUACUGUUGCUCUUAUGGUUGGUACAGCUUACUAUUAUGGCGAGACCUUCCCCAAAUUUCCGAAAUUCCCUGGCCUUUGAGAUAUACGAGACGACAGCAUUCUGUCCUUGGCAUUUUAGGACACCUUGAUUUGAGCAAGAAAUGGUGAUACCAAGGUGAACAACCUUCCGGUGUAGCCAUCGCCUCCUUUCUUGUAAUACUUGAGCUGCUCUUGACGGAAAGUACAUGUGUGCAGCAUUUGCAGCUUUGAUAUUAUGAUAGUAGAGGAAUAUUAGUAAUAGUUCUAAUUGACGUCUUCUCCAUUUUCGGAACUAACAAGUAUAUUAAAUCGGGUUGAUCAUCAGGUUUGUAGGCGUUGUAAUAAAUUAGUGAUCAUAUUUUUCUACUGGUAUGGUGGCGAAACUGAUCCUUUCAUUCUUCUUACUGUUAAUCUUGGGAAUUUUGUUUUUAUGAAGAUAAUGGAGUGAUAGUUCUUUGUUU